AUGGCGUGCGGCGGCGGCGGCUGCUGCUGCUCGGGCGCGGGGCGACUGAACGCGGACAACGCGCGGUUCCUGCUGCUGGCGGUGCUGAUCGCGCUGUACAUGCUGUGCGGCGCGGCCGUCUUCUCGGCCAUCGAGCUGCCCGGCGAGCGGCGGGCCAAGCAGCGCUGGGAGGAGCGGCUGCAGAACUUCACCCGCCGCCACAACCUCAGCCGCGCCGAGCUCCGCGACUUCCUCCGCGAGUAUGAGGAGGCGAGCGUGGCCGGCAUCCGCGUCGAUGACAUCCGGCCCCGCUGGGACUUCACCGGCGCUUUCUACUUCGUGGGCACCGUCGUUUCCACGAUCGGGUUUGGCAUGACCACCCCAGCCACCGUUGGAGGCAAAAUUUUUCUUAUAUUUUAUGGCCUUAUAGGAUGUGCAGGGACCAUCUUGUUCUUUAACCUGUUCCUGGAGCGCCUGAUCACUGUCAUAGCCUAUGUCAUGAAGUCCUGCCAUGAGAGACAGCUGAGGAGGAAAGGGGUCCUCCCUCACGACGGCCGGCGGGGCUCGGGGACCUCGGAGGCAGACAGCCUGGCAGGCUGGAAGCCCUCAGUGUACUACGUCAUGCUGAUUUUGUGUGUAGCAUCACUCAUCAUCUCCUGCUGUGCCUCUGCAAUGUACACACCGAUUGAAGGGUGGAGUUACUUUGACUCACUGUACUUCUGCUUCGUGGCCUUCAGUACCAUUGGCUUUGGUGAUCUGGUAAGCAGCCAGAACACCCACUAUGAGAGCCAAGGUCUCUAUCGCUUUGGCAAUUUUGUCUUCAUACUCAUGGGGGUUUGCUGCAUCUAUUCCUUAUUUAAUGUGAUCUCUAUCGUCAUCAAACAAUCCAUAAACUGGAUACUAAAGAAGCUGGACUGCAGGUGCUGCCAUAGAUGCCAAAGAAAAUUAUUUCGGUCACGGAGGAACGUGGUAAUGCCAGGAAACGUGCGCGGCCGGAGAAACAUCUCCAUCGAGACUGACAUCGUCAAUGAGAGCGACACAGAUGGACGCCGGCUGUCAGGCGAGAUGAUCUCAAUGAAGGACUUCCUGGCCUCCAACAAAGUUUCCCUGGCCAUCAUGCAGAAACAGCUGUCUGAAACUGCUAAUGGCUAUCCACGGCAAAUGAGCUCAAAGCAAAAUGGAUUCUCUGGUGGAGUUGGAGCCCUAGCGAUUAUGAAUAACAGACUGGCAGAGACGAGUGUGGAUAGGUAAUAUAAUACAGAACAGUAUUAUAAAAUAGUACAGGAAUAACAGUGAAGCAGUGUGAAGCAUUUCAACACGUACAAAAACAAUGUGGAUCAUGUGGAUGUACCUAGGGAGAGAACUGUCCUAGGGAGAUGGUGAGGUGGGUGUGAAAAGCAUACUUUCUGUUGGAAGACCACUCACAUGUUUUUGGGCUGUCACUGGCUCCAUGAAUUGCACCGGUCUCAGCCUUUCUCCCUCCCCUCCCUUCUGUGCCUCCAACAGGCCAUUACAGGAGAAAUUCAAUUUAGCCUUCAAAUCAAUUUUUCACAUC